AUGAGCGUCGAGAACUUACACGAGGUUCUGCAUACUCAGUCCUAUGCUAAUGACAAUGACAUCUACCAACAAGUGCUCCCGCGCUGGGAAAAGUGGUAUUCCGACUGGGAGAAAACCCUUGGGUUUGAUCAUCAGCUCACGCUACGGUCGCUUUCAAAUCUGACCGCCUCAUUAUGCUUCGCGGGGGAAUGGGAAGCAGUGAGGGAGAUCCACCAGCACAUGCUGAGCACGAAGGAGAAGACGCUUGGAGCAGAUCAUCCGUCUACCGAAUCGUCUAGGGAGUUGUGA